AUGCUGAGGAGCGUCAUGGCGAGGACCGAGGCCAUGUCGCCGACGAAGACCACGGGCAGAGCGCCGAGGGGCAGCAGGUGGUCACCGUUGCGGGCAGGCGCUGGCGUGAACGACCGGCAGGGCACUGACCGUGACCCGCGGCGGAGUCCGGCGAAGCUGCACGACGACGAAGGCAUCGACUUCGUCGCCGCGUCGCCGCGGGCGCUGCUCCGGUCGUUCUCUGCCCCGGCGGCGGGGUGUUCUUCGGACGCGUCGUCUGUAGGCGCGGAGAAGAUGGUGGGCCGGAGCAGAAGCUUCAGCAUUUUCAGAGGGACGGUGGCCAGCCUGAGGCAGGGUCUCUGCCUGGGCGGAGGAGCAGGGAAGCUGCUGCUGAUGCAUCUGUCCAGGAAGAAGCCUUCCUCUCCGGCGUCUCCCUGUCAGAAUUUCCUCGCCGGACUGGCGCCUCCUAGCCCGGUGUCGCCGUUGGAGGUCAGCGGCGGGCGCCAUUUCUCCGGCGAUCUCAACUGCACGUUCCUCCCAGAAUCGAGUCCGAGGUGGAGUCCCAGGUGUUCGUCGGAAAUCGAGGCGUCCGUGGGCGGCGGCGAGUCGCCGUGGGAGUGGAAGGCCGACGCCGCGGCCGAGAGCGAGGACCCUGACACGGCGUACGUCAGGGAGGUGCUCGUCGCCGCGGGGCUGUUCGACGACGACGACGACGACGCGACGGCCGCGAGGACGGACUCGAUCGUCAUCUCUGACGACGUCUUCGAGGAGGUCGAGGACGGGUACUACUACCGCCGCCUCCGGCGCCGCGACGACGGCGCAGGAGAGGAGGAAGAACUCGGAGCGGCGGACCGCCGCAGGCUGCUCUUCGACCUGGCCAACGAGGCGCUGCUGGCGGGCGCGAGACCUGCCGUCUCGUCUUCUUCGCCGUCGUGUCUGCGCCGGUGGGUCGUCGAGUGCAACAAUGGCGCGCCGUCGUCGUCGGGGCCGCGAGGGAGGGAGCUGGAAGACGAAGUGUGGCGGCACGUGGCGCGGGCGACGGCGGAGGGCACGGCGGAGCGCGACGUCGGGAGGUCGCCGUGGGUGCCGGAGGCGCUGUGCGGGGACGCCUGCGCCGUCGGGAGGAAGAUCGAGCGCGCCAUCUUCGACGAGCUGGUCGGCGACGUCGUGCGUCAGCUGUUUGUCUGA